AUGUCAAUUUCUUGCACAAGAAACUUCUUCCAAAGAUUCUGCGUCGAAGAAAUCAAUAUGGACACAAUGAAACACAGCAGCUUCCUCUCUGCUGACCUCUUGCCAUCUCUUGGAGCAAGAAUUAACCAAUCAACAAAGCUUCGUAAACACAUAAUUUCUCCUUUUGAUCCACGUUUCAGGGCAUGGGAGAUGUGGUUGGUCAUUCUUGUGAUAUAUUCAGCUUGGAUUUGUCCUUUUGAGUUUGCCUUCAUCACCUACAAGAAGAAAGAUGCUCUUUUCAUCAUAGACAACAUUGUCAAUGGCUUCUUCGCCAUUGAUAUCAUUCUCACCUUCUUCGUUGCUUAUCUUGACAGCCAUUCUUAUCUUCUAGUCGACAGCCCUAAAAAAAUAGCUAUAAGGUACCUCUCUACUUGGUUCGCCUUUGAUGUCUGCUCCACAGCUCCGUUUCAGUCACUGAGUCUUCUUUUAAACUACAAUGGAAGUGAAAUAGCAUUCAGAUUUCUUAGUAUGCUCAGGCUCUGGCGUCUCCGACGAGUUAGCUCGCUUUUUGCAAGGCUUGAGAAAGAUAUCCGCUUCAACUAUUUCUGGACACGUUGCACGAAACUCAUUUCGGUCACACUGUUUGCAGUACAUUGUGCUGGAUGCUUCAACUACCUCAUCGCAGAUCGAUAUCCAGAUCCAAGCAAAACAUGGAUCGGAGCAGUGUACCCAAACUUCAAGGAGGCAAGUCUAUGGAGUAGAUAUGUGACUGCUAUUUACUGGUCAAUCACGACGUUAUCAACAACAGGAUACGGAGACUUACAUGCUGAGAAUCCAAGAGAAAUGUUGUUCGAUGUCUUUUACAUGCUCUUCAACCUUGGUUUCACAUCUUACCUCAUUGGAAACAUGACCAACCUUGUUGUUCACUGGACUAGCCGCACAAGAACUUUUAGAGAUACAGUGAGAGCUGCUUCAGAGUUUGCAUCAAGAAACCAACUACCACCAAACAUACAAGACCAAAUGUUGUCACACAUUUGCUUAAAGUUCAAAACAGAAGGCCUGAAACAACAGGAGACCUUGAAUGGUUUGCCUAAAGCGAUACGGUCAAGCAUCGCAAACUAUCUCUUCUUCCCGAUUGUUCAGAAUGUUUACCUCUUUCAAGGAGUUUCUCGCAACUUCCUCUUUCAGUUGGUUUCAGAUAUAGAUGCCGAGUAUUUCCCACCUAGAGAAGAUGUGAUUUUACAGAACGAAGCUCCCACAGAUCUUUACAUUCUUGUCUCAGGGGCAGUGGAUUUUACUGCCUACAUUGAUGGAGAAGAUCAGAUUCAAGGAAAGGCAGUAGUUGGAGAUGCAUUUGGAGAGAUUGGAGUUUUAUGCUAUACACCACAACCUUUCACAGUUAGAACAACUCAACUAUCUCAAAUACUAAGGGUAAGCAAAACAUCUCUAAUGAGUGCUAUGAGAGCUCAUGUUGAAGAUGGACGUAUCAUUAUGAACAAUCUCUUCAUGAAACUUAGAGGGCAGCAAUCAAUAGCAAUUGAUGACAACGAACCAGACUUCCUCCUUCAAGAAUGGCUUGGUGGUGGUCCAAACAGAGGAGAAGGGAAUGCUAGUGAUCAAGAACAGGGCCACAAAUAUUUACAACUGAAUAAUGAUUCAGAAAAUAUUGAUUUGGAUUCAAGAAAAGAUGGUAGUGGUGAAAGGAGAAGAGGUCAAGAACAUAGGAUAGAGAUAGAAGAAGGGGAAAAACCACAUAAAGAAACUGAUGGAAAAAGUUUCUCCAAUCCAGAUCUCACCUCAUUUGAGUUUCCUUCACAUCAAACACAUCCAUAUCACAGAUCCAGCAACGCGGUCACAUCUAGUAAACAUGAGGCUUUUAAACCAAAAGAUAGGAGAGUUACCAUCCACUUGAAGUCACCGGAAAAAGAUUUGUGCAAGUUGAUAAUCUUGCCUACUUCCAUUGAAGAGUUUCUAAGGCUUGCAGGUGAGAAAUUUGGAAACCGAAGCUUCACAAUGGUUACCAAUGAGGAAAACGCAGAAAUAGAUGAUAUAGAUGUCAUUAGAGAUGGUGAUCAUUUGUUUUUUACUCAUCAAGGUACAGAUUUUCUAACGUGA